UCCUACAUACACCUAAUGGCCUCAACCUGUAUUUCAACCUGCAUCGAUGACGCUAAGGUCUCAAUCAGGCCAACCUACGCGAACCUCCACAAGUGGCCGGAAUCAGACGCCGAGUUUGUCAGGUCACUGAGAUCCAACGGCAGUAGCCGGGGCGGCCCUGCACAUCCCACCAUUGUUGAUAGCAUUUCUUGUAGGCAAAUGUACCUGAGGAGCUACACGUUUCAUAGGAACAAUGACGAUCAAACCGAGCCUGAAAAAACAAAAUGUUUUGGCAGAUUUCAUAAGGAAAAGGUGAAGAGUCCUAGAAGUAAAAACAAGUCCAAAACGGUCUCUUGUCCCGCCUUAUUGGCUAUAUUCCGUAGGCUUUUGCUCUGCACCACCAAGGUUGAUGUGGCUGAUCAUGGAGGUUGAACAUUACUUUUAUCAGUUUCAGCCUUUCAGGGCUUCCUUCUUCUUGUUUCUUUUUAAUAACUUUCCGAUAGCUUUAUCCGUUUGAUACCCUUUCCUCCCCUCAAU